GAAUAAUUAGAACAAUAACUUAUUGCACUACAAACGGUGCUCUAGUUUUAAGCCAAUUUAAGUUUCUCAUCAAACUUUAAACGUUCUACUCUUCGUCUAUUUAACUACGAGAGUCCUUAUCACGUAAAACUUCAUAAGUAAAACCUUUCCCAGAAACGAAGCUGAAACACUGAAGACAUAACGAGGAAGUUUAAUUCCCUUUUUCGUCUACUAUCUAUUAAUAGAAACACGUCUCAGAAUCCAGCGAACCGCCUUCGCUCCGUAACCCCGGCAACUACAAACGUCACUUCACCAACAUCGAAAAUUGUCAAUUCAAUAACCACGUCAGCACUGCUUCAAAGAUGAGCCUCACCACAUCCAACCACCGCAUCAAAAUCGACGUAAUGAGACUGAUCUCCAGCAAGUUCGACGUCUCCACCUUCGACAAUUACCGCCACUUGGUCGUGAAGUUCCACGGGCCCGCCGACACCCCCUACGAGGGCGGCGUGUGGAGGGUGAGGGUAAUUCUCCCAGAGAACUACCCCUUCAAGUCGCCCAGCAUCGGCUUCGACACGCAGAUUUUCCACCCCAACGUGGACCAGACCUCGGGGACGGUGUGUCUGGACGUGCUCAACCAGAAGUGGACGGCGUUGUACGACCUGGUGCUCAUCUUCGACACGUUCCUGCCGCAGUUAUUGAAGCACCCGAACCCCGACGACCCGCUGAACCAGUGCGCGGCGCUGGUGCUGACGAGGACGCCGGAGAGGUACAAGUACGUGGUGGAGAAGCACGUGCAGGAGUUCGCCAACCCGGAGAAGAUCAGGAGGUGGGAGGGAAUCCCGGAGGAGGUCGAGCAGGAGGAGAGUGUGUCCGAACUCUCGGAUAACGAGGUCGGGUGAAAACGUGAAGCAACAAUAAAACAUCUAAUGAAA